AUGGCUCAACUUGUGAGUACUCACCAGAAAAAGGAAACUCGAACAAAGGUGCCAGAUCCACACUCUUACACUCUGCAGGCUACCGCGUGUCUUCCACACACCAAGCGGGCUCCCGCGUGUCUGUUCAAUCUACGUCACCGUAAAACGUUCGAGGCCUCGUGUUCGAUCACGAGGGCCUCUUUUGCCAUUUUCCCAAAUUUAAUAGAACUUUGCUCGCGAUCGAUAAUACGGGACUUCACCCGUGCGAGUAAAGGCUAUGAUAACAAAAUCCGGUACUGUAGCAAUGAUUUACGGCGAUACAUACAAAUAAUAAUAAUAAUAAUAAUAAUAAUAAUAAAUAUCUGA